UGGUCAGUGAUGGGGGCGUGAUCCUGGGAACUGGGGGGGCCCUGAAGGGAUGGGGACCGUACCGGCCAUGGGGGUCAGAAUUUUACCCGGAUCAGUUCCCAGCUUCUUCUCUUCAUCCUGUGGGUGUUUCAUCCCCUCUCUUUCCCUGCAGGCGUUGCCAUGAACAGGAUCCGGAUCCACGUGCUGCCCACGAGCCGGGGCCGCCUGACCCCGGUGCCGCGGCCUCAGGAGCCGCUGGCCUGUGCCUUCAGCCCCCGGCCCUGCUCCCAGCCCCGCCUGGAGGGGCAGGAAUUCUGCAUCAAGCACAUCCUGGAGGACAGGAACGCUCCCUUCAAGCAGUGCAGCUACGUGUCCGCCAAGAACGGGAAGCGCUGCCCCAACGCCGCCCCCAAACCCGAGAAGAAGGAUGGCACGUCCUUCUGCGCGGAGCACGCCCGGCGGAACGCGCUGGCGCUCCAGGCCCAGGGGAAGAAAUCCCACCCCGGGCCCGUGAGCGAGACCCUGCUGUGCCAGCUGAGCUCCUAUGCCAGGUCAGAGCUGGGCUCCCAGAGCACGGAGAGCGCCCGGAGCGAGGCCAGCCGCAUCCUGGACGAGGACAGCUGGAGUGACGGGGAGCAGGAGCCUGUGACCGUGGAGCAGACGUGGCGGGGGGACCCCGACAGCGAGGCCGACAGCAUCGACAGCGACCAGGAGGAUCCCCUCAAGCACGCCGGGGUGUACACGGCCGAGGAGGUGGCUCUGAUCAUGAGGGAGAAGCUGAUCCGGCUCCAGUCCCUCUACAUCGACCAGUUCAAGAGGCUCCAGCACCUCCUGAAGGAGAAGAAGCGCCGGUUCCUGCACAGCAGGAAGGGAGAGCACGAGGCCAUCGGGAGCAGCCUCCUGACGGGCCCGGAGGGGCUGAUGGCCAAGGAGAGGGAGAACCUGAAGCGGCUCAAGUGCCUGCGGAGGUACCGGCAGCGCUACGGGGUGGAGGCUCUGCUGCACCGGCAGCUCCGGGAGCGCCGCGUCCUGGCCACUGAUGGUGCAGCCCAGCAGGCCCACACCACCCGUUCCAGCCAGCGCUGCUUGGCCUUUGUCGAUGACGUCCGAUGCUCCAACCCAUCCCUGCCCAUGACCCGGCACUGCCUCACACAUAUCUGCCAGGACACGAACCAGACGCUGUUCAAGCCGUGCCAGGGCUCCGAGGAGGUGCCCUGCAACAAGCCCGUGCCCGUGAGCCUGUCGGAGGAGCCGUGCUGCCCCCUCCACCUGCGCCUGCCCCCCCAGAUGUACGUCCCAGAGCAGGGCCUGGCCGUGCCCCAGGAGCUGGGAGCUGCUCCCUCGGAGCUGUACCUGAGCGCGGCCGAGCUCCAGCCCACCGAGAGCCUGCCCCUGGAAUUCAGUGAUGACCUGGACGUGGUGGGUGAUGGGAUGCAGUGCCCCCCGUCCCCUCUGCUCUUCGACCCUUCCGUGAGCCUCGAGCCGUCCCUGCGGGACGUGGCCGAGGCUCCCAUCGACAUCCUGGCGCUGGAGGAGCCGGACAGGGGCAGCUCCUCAGCCCCCCUGGCUGAGCCCCCUGUGCAGCAGGGUCACCUCCCCGGCCGGACGGGGCCUCAGGAGGACCAGGAGGAAACGGCCUCGGCCACCUCGGCCCGGGGAGCCACCGCCAACGGGAGCCUGGAGCCGGGGGCUGUGAGCUGAGCCCGGCACCCCCUGGAUCUCUGCUCCCGUGGGACCCUCAGCGUGGGACGGGGGGGGACCCUUGGCGUGGGAUGUGGAGGGACCCGCAGGCGCUGAUGUCCUGGUCCGGUGCCAGGAUGAGCCACAGCUCGGGUUCCUCUGCUGACGUGAUUCCUGGGGACCCCAAAACCCCAGAGUGGGGCCCCUAAAACCCCGGAGUGGCGGCUCUGAAAAACCCUGGCAUGAAGACCCUAAAACUCUGGAGUAGGACCCUAAAACCCUGGCAUGGGGAUCCUGGACCCCACCCUUGCCUGUGGGGAUGGAGGAGCCACAGGGAGACUCUUGGAGAAGACAGGGAGGGACUCACCGGAGUUCUGGGAUCCUUUGCCACGUCCUCAUGUGCCCCCGGGGGGGGUGACGUGGCCCUGUAACAUUUGGGGGGGGAUGGAGGUUCCCCCCACAAUAAAACGAUGGAGGUGAGGUC